AUGGCUUCACGCUCGUUCAUGCCUCUGCGGAGGUCGUUCGCUCAGCACUCUGCCCACAGCAGUCGCGCAGCUGGUCGCAGUGCGGGCAGCUCGUUCCGCGGCUAUGCCACUGAGAAUGCACCCCGCCAGAAGCAGCAAUUCACCGUGUGGCGCCCCUACCUACGCCUUGCGGUUGGCGUGCCGUUCAUCGGCGCGAUCAUUUACUCCAUGGCGACUGGCGAAAUCACCGAGCUUGACACUCCCUCCAUUGCUGAGCUGGAUGAGGCGCUGAAGAAAUCCCACGCCAUCACAGAGUCCUCCCCCAUGCGCCUGCGGAUGGAAAAGCUCAUCAAGGAGCAGCAGCAGAAGAUCAUUGAGGAGCUGGGAAGGAUAGACGGCAAGCAGUUUAAGCAAGAUACCUGGACACGUCCCAACGGUGGCGGCGGCAUUUCGUGCGUGCUGCAGGACGGAAAUGUCUUUGAGAAGGCCGGCGUGAAUGUCUCCGUCGUCUACGGCGAAUUGCCCCGGCCGGCCAUCGAGAAGAUGCGCGCCGACCACAAGUCCUUCGUCAGCGCGGACGUCGACUCCUUGAGCUUCUUCGCCGCAGGCCUCUCACUCGUGCUGCACCCGCACAACCCCAUGGCUCCGACCGUGCACCUCAACUACCGCUACUUUGAGACUUCCGAUCCCAAGGAUCCCAUCAAUGGCGACAAGAACUGGUGGUUCGGUGGCGGCACCGAUUUGACACCGUCUUACCUCUUCCCUGAAGAUGUACAACACUUCCACAAGACCAUUAAGGAUGCCUGCGACCGCCACGACGCCACCUACUACCCCAAGUUCAAGGCGUGGUGCGACAAGUACUUUUACAUCCCUCACCGCGGCGAAUGCCGCGGCGUUGGCGGCAUCUUCUUUGACGACUUGGACGCCCACUUCCUCCAGACCUCUGCCGGCUCCUCGUCCAACCCGCAGGAGACUUUGUUCUCCUUCGUCUCGGACGGUCUGACCUCCUUCCUGCCGUCGUAUGUGCCCAUCAUCGAGAGGCGGAAGGACAUGUCGUACACCCCAGAGCAGAAGCAGUGGCAGCAGCUGCGCCGCGGCCGCUACGUCGAGUUUAACCUCGUCUACGACCGUGGCACUAGCUUCGGUUUACGCACUCCAAACGCUCGUGUCGAGAGUAUCCUCAUGAGUCUCCCGCGUACAGCGAGCUGGGCCUAUAUGGAUCCGGUCUCGGGUACUAGGACCGAGAGCAUGCCGGUUGAUGAGGAGGACUUGGGUGAGGAUAAAACCAGUGAGAAGGAGAUCAUGGAUGUGCUGAAGCACCCGAGGCAAUGGGCCUGA